AUGAAGAACGUGAUACUAAACGUGCGCCAAUCUAGUACAAAGGAGAAAUUCGCAAAAUGCGAAGCUGAACUCAAUAGUACACGGGCUCAACUCCGCGAAGCAGAGACAUAUAUAGGCACAGACCAGAAACAUAAUCUCCGUGCUGCUGAACUGCAAGGUGAAGCGGAUGGCUUACGUUCGGCGCUCAAUGAGGCCAACGACCAAAUUAACAAUCUCAACAUAGCCAACAGAGCUCCUAAACAUAUUGCUGAGAGAUAUGGCAUCACUCUCAUAAAGCUUGCACUCGAUGUUCGGGAUACACCAAAAUACAAAGAUGUUUACAAUGGUGGGUAA